ACGAAGGGAAGCUUUUACAACCCUCAACCGAGAUCUGGUUUUCUUGACCCUUUAAGCCGGGCGUUACGUUUGACCGGGUAAACUUGGAAAUAUCACGGCUUCUGCGUCUUUUUUUCUAUAGACAACUACCUAAAUACCUUGGCCUAUAUAGGUUGGAUAUUAACGACGUUUGCCCCCUGCUUCGGAUGGCUUGGCCCCGCUGAUCUACCCUGGACUUGAAGAAACAAUGGGCUAUAUCUCCGACUUUCCACCAUACACUGGAUGCUUGGACGAAUAUAUAAUUGAUGAUGUUCAUCCCACUUGACUCUCCCCCUUGACCUCUUGUGGUCAGGCUUCCUCCACGUUGUCUCUCUCUCUCCCGCUGGCUCACAUAAAAUCUCUGACUGGUCUCGAUAACCGGGACAAACAAGGCAUCUAAUAAAGGAAGGGAAAGAAAAAAAAAAAGAGCAAGGAAAAAAGAGUCGGCGCCAAAAUGAAGCUCUCAGCUGUCGCCAUCUCCCCCCUCCUGGCCGGUCUGACCGCGGCGUCCCCGGCCUCCAACCCGCUCACGUCCCGCCAGUCAUGCCCGAAUGUGCACGUUUUCGGUGCUAGGGAGACUACCGUCCCUCAGGGAUACGGCACGUCGCAGGGCCUCGUCAACAUGGUCCUUCAGGCCUACCCCGGUGCCACGUCCGAGGCUAUCGUCUACCCGGCCUGUGGCGGCCAGAGCCAGUGCGGCGGUGUCAGUUACGACAACUCGGCCAGCCAAGGCACGGCCGCCGUCGUCAAGGCAGUCACUAGUUUCAACAGCCGUUGCCCCAACACCAAGCUCGUCGUCAUUGGGUACUCGCAGGGAGGCCAGAUCUUUGACAACGCCCUCUGCGGCGGCGCCGGGGCGACACUCACCGGCAACGCACUGGCGGCGGUCAAGGCAGCCAUCUUCAUGGGUGACCCUCACAACCAAAACGGGCUUCCGUACAAUGUCGGCACAUGCCGUGCGGGUGGGUUCGCCGCCCGACCCAGCGGAUUCCAGUGCUCGCCGGCCAGCCCGUCCAUCAUCCAGUCGUACUGCGACUCCACCGACCCUUACUGCUGCAACGGCAACGACGCCAACUCUCACCAGCAGUAUGUCAACAAGUACGGCACGCAGGCCCUCAACUUUAUCAAGAGCAAGCUGGGUUGAGCGCAGGGUGGCUAGCUAUUCCUGUGGGGACACUUGGUUCAUCAUGCAGAGGGUUUUGGAAAGUCAGAGUGGGCGGCAAAACACCAGUGGCAAAGGUGUGAGGGUGGGUGGGCAUGGUGGUUUACAUCCACAUUGUAAAUACUUUACGCUGGUCUUUCUUUCUUGUUUCCUUAUACGAACCGUUCGUUGGUUGUCCCACGUUGAUUCCCGCCGAUUUGCCAGUGGCAUGUUUCUCAUGUAAUCCUAGUUCUGGUUUGCUCAGGUGGAGGUCCGACUACUUUUCUAUACAAUUAUUACAUCAAAUG